UUCAUGGUCUAACCACUGUGAUAGCAUCUCCACGAAGCCUGCCAUUAUUCUCGCAUUCUGUUUUACAUUUGUUUUAUAAUGGAAGGAGUUUACACAAGUGGAUGGCAUUUGCUUUUCCUGGCUGCGUUAGUUUCAGGUGUCCACUUAUUUGGAAAUGAUAAAUCAAUAAUUGGAGCUUCAAGUUUUGGGGGUCACAUCUACCGGGCAGUCCUGCACCCCACGGAGGUCCUCCCUCUGAUAGGAACCUAUAUAAUGAAAAACCCAGAGGGAGAACUAUGCAUCAAAGCUACUCUUGGAGCACAGUAUAUCGUCAUCAUACAGAAGAAGAGGUGGUUUUUCAACUUGGACCCUCUCAAGGUCCUGGCGAGCGGUUCCUGCCACAGGGAAUCAGCUGUCUUGUCUCUCACUCUACCUACGAAUGCUGCCAGCCUACAGUUCACUUUCAAAAAGGAAAAUAAUCUUUAUUAUGUCACCAAGCUGACAGCUUGGGUGACUCCUCAGCCUGUCUGCUUAGGAUGUGCUAAUAAGACUUAUUUGGGUUUGGUGUCACACGACAAGCUGUUUGCAGCAUCUUAUGGUCGAAGCUUUAGGUGCAAAUCUGGGAACGUGCUUCUGCCAUCUUCAGAAAUGAGUAUUAAGCUGGUACCUCUCCAGAUGCAGGCAUUCAGUAUGCCCAACGGACAAUAUGGAGAAGCGGAAGAGUGUUUGGCUGACUUUAACAAGAGGAUCAUCCCCAUUAUCCUUUUGGCCGUCGGGUUUGGCCUUUUGAUGAUUGCCAUCGUGACUUUCUUAUUGGUUAAAGAACAUCGCACACAUGGCUAUGAAAGGUUCUGAGAUCUCUCUGAAACCGUUCAUGUCAAAUAGCAUUUUGACAUUAUCUCUCAGUUAAAACUCCUGAAAUUAUGGACAAUGUUUGUAUAAUGCUGCGUCCCACCUCUCUACCAAUGUCAACUGGGAUAAACUCAAGCUCACCUUUCACCAUGAGGACAAGUGGUACAGAAAAUGGAUGGAUGUUUGUAUAAUGCUGAGUGAUGUGAUAUUUUAGUCUACGUGAAAACAUUUGUAUUGUAAUGAUGCUGUGACACUUGAUGUCAAUUAAAUUCCCUCCAUUUGA